AUGUCGCUAGACCAGCACACCAAAGUCUACCUGGGCCUGGCAUUCGCUGCUGGUAUCCUCAUUACUCUAGGCUACAAAGACUUUUACCCGGACCUCGAACGCCGCUUCCACGAUGGCCUACGGAAGAAUCGCAUCCGCCGCCGCUCCAGCACUCAACCAGCAUCUGCCAUCAGGGAGGGCAUCGAAGGUGCAAUUGGCAACACUCCCUUGAUUCGCAUCAAAUCUCUGUCUGAUGCCACGGGCUGUGACAUUCUGGCUAAAGCAGAGUUCCUCAAUGCAGCCGGCAAUUCGCCCAAGGAUCGUGUGGCUCUGUCGAUGAUCCAGAUGGCUGAGGCUGAGGGUUUCCUGACACCCAACUCGGGUGAUAAAGUCUACGAGGGCACAGUUGGCAGCACUGGCAUCUCGCUUGCUGCCAUCUGUCGCGCAAGAGGUUAUACCGCACACAUCUGCAUGCCCGAUGAUGUAGCUAUCGAGAAGUCCGAUUUACUGCUACGACUCGGUGCUGUCGUCGAACGAGUCCGUCCAGCCUCAAUUGUCGACAAGGGUCAAUUCGUCAACAUGGCUCGCGCUCGUGCCCAACAGCACACUUCCGAUCCCAACCAGAAGGGUCGUGGUUUCUUCGCUGAUCAAUUUGAGAAUCCUGCAAACUAUCUGGCCCAUCUGCAUGGAACCGGCCGCGAGAUCUUCGAGCAAACUGGUGGUCAGCUAGACGCUUUCGUCGCCGGUGCAGGCACCGGCGGCACCAUCUCUGGCUGUGCUCUUUAUCUCAAACCUCGCUUGCCGAACGUGAAGGUCGUCUUGGCCGAUCCUCAAGGUAGUGGUCUCUAUAACAGGGUUAAGCACGGCGUCAUGUUUUCACCCACCGAACGCGAAGGCACUCGACGUCGCCAUCAAGUCGAUAGCAUAGUCGAAGGAAUUGGUGUCAAUCGUGUUACCCACAACUUUGAGGCUGGCAGAGAGCUUGUCGAUGAUGCCAUCAAGGUCACCGACGAUCAAGCCAUGAUGAUGGCUCGUUGGUUGGUCGAGCGCGAUGGUCUGUUCGUGGGUAGCUCUUCCGCUGUCAACUGCGUUGCGGCUGUCAAGAUCGCACUAGAGCUGGGCUCUGGACAUCGCGUCGUCACUAUUCUUUGCGACUCCGGCACGAGACAUUUGUCUAAGUUCUGGGCAAAGGCUGGUGCGGUUGGUGGAGACGAUGAGAUGACCAUGGACAAUAUUUUAAACCCAGUCUCAGUGUCGUAA